UGGACAGAGCUGAGGAAAGCAGCUCUAAAGAACAUAGAACAUUAGGAGAACGAGAGUGGGAUUCCAGAUGCCAGAAAAAGUCAAGGGAACACACCGUAUAGACCAAUAGAUCACUGAUCCCACUGCAUGGUUGCAUGCCCUACUCAGACACACAGGUCUUCAUUAUCACCAGUCUGGUCUGAACAACAAGAAUAAAAAAAUCUUCCCAAUGGCCAAUGACAGUUAUAUCUUGAAUUCAUGCAACUCCUCCGGCAGCAGUUAUACGGAUCCCAAGACCGUGAGUAACCCCAUCACCACAGCCAUAGGAGCUCUUAUCAUGAGCAUAGUCUUCCUCCUUGGUGUCCCAGGAAACCUGUUCAUCAUCUGGAGCAUCAUGGUCCGCGCCCGCAGACGCUCCGUCACAACCAUCCUCAUCCUCAACCUGGCUUGCGCCGACGGCGUCCUCAUGUGCCUCAGUAUCUUCUUCAUCGUCUACCUGGCAAGGCGGAACUGGGACUUUGGUCUCAUCAUGUGCAAAGUCCUGUUCUAUCUGUGCAACACAAACAUGUAUGCCUCCAUUUUCCUCAUCACGCUGAUGAGCCUGCACAGGCUGGUGGCGGUGGUGUGGCCCACGCGAGUGACACCCCAUGCCAGCAAAAAGAUAAUAGUGCGGGCCAUAGCUGUGCUCUGGGUGUUGGUGUUCUUGAUUUCUAUCCCUGCUCUGUUGUACAGAACAGUGGAGGAGAACGAACAAGGAGACCCAGACCAGAAACGCUGGGUUUGUAACUCUCAUCACAAUACGACUCAAGAGGUGGUGUUCCAGUACACCUUUGAGACAACAGUGGGAUUCCUGGUUCCUUAUGGACUUAUAGUGAGCAGCUAUAUCUGCAUUGUGAGACGCAUCAGACAGACCAAGUUUCGUCGCAAUGUCCGCAGUGAAAAACUCAUCCUGGCUAUCGUUGUAACAUUUGGCAUCUUCUGGUUACCCUAUCACAUUAUCAACAUAAUACAGGUGGUGGCUACGCAGCUUAAAGAACCCAGCAUAAAAGCUAGACUAAAUGACAUAUGGAGACCCAGUCGGGCUGUGACCUCUGCUCUGGCCUUCAUCAGCAGCUGUGCCAACCCUAUUCUCUACACGUUUGCUGGAAAGUCUUACAUCAGAGGGGACGGAAUGGCCUUCAUGGCCAGGCUCUUUGAGGGGAUAUCGCUGGACUACGGGUUAAGGAAGGGUCGGCAGAAAAGAGAUAUUGAGGGAACGGGAAUUAAAGAAACUUUGAGUCUCAGCAGCACAGCAGAAAAUGUUGUGAAGAAUGGAAUAUAGACACAAAGAGUUAAGGAUUGUACUGCACAUACUGUACUAUUAACCCAUCAGGACAGCGCACUUCUGCACACAGACUGCUUAGAAGCCUAUUUACUGGCUGCUCCUCUAAUAGUCCAUACAGAACCAUCUGAAACAAUCCCUACAAUAUUUAAUGUCCCUGGGUCAGUGUUAUAGGUCCUAGGUAUAGGACCACAAAUAUAAUAGUUCCUGAAAAACAAGACAAAAGACAAGCUUUUUUUGUGCAGCGUUCUACUUUGAGAGGAAUCUUUUAUUAACCAUUUCAUCAAAACAAAGUCUGUCAGUAUUUCCUUUUUUUCUGUUUUAUUAUCCUAUGGUAUGAAAUCAUUGUUUUCACUGAAUUUACAUUUAACUUUAUGUAUACAGGCAAAUUGUAUAUUUCUUUAUAUAUAUAUAUAUAUACACAUACACACACAUUUCACAGCACAAAUAUACAACCUAUCAGACACACGCAAGCAAAACCUCCAGGACUCAAUUCAUUCAAGGGCACAAAGCAUAUAAGCUUUUAUUCCACUUCUGGGUUGAAUGAAAGUAAAGUAAAGGUGGUCUUACCUAGUUCAUAAGCUAGCAUUGGUGUGCAGUGGAUCAGCCACUUUCUAAAAAGUAUACCUCUAAAGCAGAGCUUAGAUCUUGAAACAUGUAGAACCUUUGAGUGCAAUCUUCCUAAACAUAGAUCCAGAUCCUGAACCCUACGUAGGACAUGGAUGUAUGUAUAAACAAUGUUUCAUUAUUCUGAACAUCACAGCACUGUACACUUUACACCAGUGUGUAAUGUUGCAAGAUUAUCUGUGAAUGUACAUUAGGCUAUGUCUCAUUUGAAAUGUGGCUCAACAAGAACAUUGAUGUUGCCUAUAUCGGAAGAUAAGACAGGGAUGGCGCUUAUACAUGAUAAACUAUAAUUGGCCUGAUGAUAGCUCAGUUACGGAAUGGCAUUAGACUUCUCUCCUCUUUUUCCAUUCAUCCAUUUGCGGUUUCACAGUGGUGCGGGUCUGGAUGCAGGAAUUAACUAUGCGGUGAAACGUGCCCAUGUAGCGUCAUGUAAAUGGCAUCCAGAUCCAAACAUCAUACAGGUUAUGCUGUAAUAGAUGACAAGUUUCACAGGCAACCCAGAUCUGAUCCAUUCACUUUGAGCAAACCCAGCCAGUCCAAUUCUGAUCCGAUCUGAACCAGUGAUCCUGAAAAAACACUGGCAGCCCAGUUCUGAUCCAGUAAUUUUGUCAAAUCAGAUCAGCUAUUUGGGGUCUUGUUCACGAGUGAGGGAAGGAUGG